AUGUGUGAGGGUUUACAGCGACGGGCCCGUCGCAUGCAAGAAAAUAUACAGCAGUCUGUGGGAUUGUCUGGGAAGAAAGACGAGCUUCAAAGUAUAAGUCAUAUUGAGCAGCGAAAUCAGAAAAUAAUUUCAGCCAUUAAAAACACGCGGCAAAACUUACAGAGUUAUAUUAGAAGUGUCAACAGAGAAGAGACCAUCGAUAAACGCAAGAGACGGUUGGAUGAAUUUGGUUUGUGGCAACAGUUGCUUACAGAUGCAAAGGAACUGGAAAAUGUUUAUCCACGUACAGAGCCAUCUGUACUUGCUGAUAUAAUGAAGCUCUUUGCAGAUGCUGUUGGUGUAAUUCUUGAAGAACGAGUGCUGACAGAUCAGCUGAUAGAGAAAGGUGUUUUGGAUGCUUUGGGAAAAUAUGUAGAUGACGAUAAAGCAUUAUCGAAAGCAAAAGAGAAGUUAACACGUACUGCUGUCGAUGUUGAAGUUAGCAGAAAACGAAAACUAGGAAAUCAUGACGAAUCUAAAGCUCAGGAAAUACAGGAUGAAUAUGAUGCGUUGCAGUUGAAAUUAGAGUAUUACAAGGACAAUAUCUUUACUGACAUUUUUUUACUGCUGUCAAGAGAAGCCGAGAUUGCGGGUGUUUAUAAAGAAUUGAUCAUUGCUCAAAUGGAAUAUCAUCGGACAGCACUGCAAAAGCUUGAGAACAUUCUCCCAGAAGUUGAUCGAAAAAUUGCUUCAUAUCCGAAGCGGCCUGUAUUUGGUUGUCAUCUAGAAGAUCAUUUGCGGUGUUCUAAUCGUUCAGUCGCAUUAGUGCUUGAAGUCUGCUGCUCGAUUUUGAAAUACCAGGGCUUUCAAGAAAAGGGCCUUUUUCGAGUCAGUGGUAACAAUAACCGCAUUAAACGCUUUAAAGCAGCUUUUGAUGCUCAUCAAAUAAAUAAUAGUUCGCUAGAAAUCACUGAAUAUAUUAGUGAUCCUCAUUCUGUUUGUUCAGUCCUAAAAUGUUACCUUCGCGAGCUUCCUGAACCAUUAAUGACGCAUUCGCUUCAUUCUGAAUGGGUCAAAAUUGCCAAGAAGGAUCCAGAUUUUCGAAAGGAAGCAAUAUAUCGACUACUUCCUUCUCUUCCUGAGGCAAAUCUAUACAAUCUGGCAUACCUUAUCAAAUUUCUGCAAUUGAUGUUAAAUUUUGAAGAACACACAAAAAUGGGUGUGGGUAAUUUAUCGAUUGUGUUCGGUCCAAAUUUGAUUGAUGGUGGCAGUGGUGCUGAAUCAGAAAAUAUACUUGGUUCAAAAUUGGUCGAGACAUUAAUUCUUAAUGCCGAUUUUUUCUUCCCAAACUAUGAUUUCAAUUAUACCUCACCAAUGCUUGACACUUUACCGCAGAAAAAGCUAAAUGGUACUAAGGUUUUAAGCGAUAGAGAUCACAUAGUUAUACGUGGAAAUCAAAGAGAAUAUCCCGUUGAACGGCACUCACAAAAUAGUCUUAAGACUAAAAAUGCUUCGCACUUACGGUCGACUACUUCAUCAGUACAAUCAUCAACAACUACGUCCACUUUACGCACCCGACCUAAAUGGCCAGCUCCUCCUCCACCAUGUCCAAGUCAUACAAACAGCAACAAUAAUAAUUGUGCACCUAAUAUUUCAAAUCCUUGUAGGAAUAAUUGUAAUAAUAGUGUGGAGGAUAUUUCAUCUAGUUUAGAGAAUCUGAGUAAUAUCAUCAGCAAAAGCCCAUCAGUAGCAUCCAAUGAUUCGAUGGCUGAAUAUGGUUCUCCAACAAAUGUUAAAGUUUGCGAUGAUUUUUCUGCGCAACAGCAAGUGACUCAAUCUUAUCAUGAAUCAGAUCGACCUACUCGCCCACCACCACCUCGGAAUGUGCGACGAUCAUCUACGCCAGAUGAAGGACUUCAGACACCCUUGCUUGAUUCAGCUGACCAGUGUGGUUCAUAUGACUUUCUUAAAAGUUUGCAUUAUAAUUCAUCAUUAAAUCUAACUAGUGCUCAGAAUUCAGCUGAUAUUAUUCAGAAAUCGGCUCCACUCGCAAUUAUGAAAGAUAAUCGUACUGUGGUACAUUUGGACACCGAAGUAUCUCAUCAAUAUAGUGCUUCCACAUCUGCUUUUGAAAGCUCUAAUGCAUUACCAAAACCGCCCUUGCCAUAUAAGCCAAAAUUAAUAAUUGAUUUACAGAAGCCAAAUGAGACUACGAAGCUUUAG